CCCCAAGCGCUUCAGCCGCCCCCGAGCAGCCGCCAAUCGGCAGCCAGGCGGAGGGCUCAGCCGGAGGGGUGUUGUCUCGCCCGCUGCCGCUGAUUGGCGGCUUCCCCUUCCCCAUAAGGCGCCGUCUCCCCCCGCCUCCCAGCGUCAGAAAUAGAAAGGGCGAGAGCGGAGCAGAGCCGGUGGUGCGGCGCGGGGCUGGAACGUGUGCCGGGCGCUCCUGCCAUCGCUACCCGGGGGAGGCCUCGCGAGUCCCCGACCCCGAGCCGUCGACCCCCGCAUCCGGCCCCUGCAAUCCCGAGGCAGCCGCCGGAGCAGCAGCGGUGGUGCCCCCGUGCAGCGAGGGGGCAGCGGCAGCAGCAGCAGCAGCAGCAGCACCCACCGGGCCUGCAGCAAGGGGCCGCGGAGAGCAGGAUGGCGCUGGAUUUCCUGGCGGGCUGCGUUGGCGGUGCUGCUGGCGUGCUAGUAGGACAUCCAUUUGACACUGUUAAGAUGACAGAUAAGCCUCAUCACUGGAGAGUUACCUAGUGCGCCUUCAAGUACAAAGUGUAGAGAAACCUCUCUACCGUGGGACCUACCAUUGCUUUCAAUCCAUCAUAAAGCAUGAAUCAGCAUUUGGACUUUAUAAAGGUAUUGGGUCACCAAUGAUGGGACUUACCUUCAUUAACGCACUUGUGUUUGGUGUUCAGGGAAACACAAUUCGUGCUCUCGGAAAAGACACGCCUCUAAACCAGUUUCUUGCAGGUUCGGCAGCAGGAGCCAUUCAGUGUGUGAUCUGCUGCCCUAUGGAGUUAGCUAAGACAAGAAUGCAACUUCAGGGAACAGGUGAAUACAAUCUAAAGUCAAAGAAUUACAAGAAUUCUCUAGAUUGCUUGGUUAAAAUCUACCAAAAGGAAGGUUUGAGAGGCAUCAACAGGGGCAUGGUUUCCACAUUCCUAAGAGAGACACCGAGCUUUGGCUUUUACUUCCUGACCUACGACUCUUUGACCAGAUACCUAGGCUGUGAAGUGGAGGACAGUUACAUCAUCCCUAAAUUGCUGUUGGCUGGAGGUAUGUCAGGAAUUGUAUCCUGGCUGUCUACCUAUCCUGUGGAUGUGAUCAAGUCCCGGCUUCAGGCAGAUGGAGUCAGAGGAGUUGUUCAAUACAAUGGAAUUCUGGACUGUGUUAGAAAAAGUUACCGUGAGGAAGGUUGGAGGGUGUUUACAAGGGGUCUUACUUCUACGCUUCUCCGAGCUUUCCCUGUCAAUGCAGCUACUUUUGCCACUGUCACAGUGUUUCUUAUGUAUAUGAGGUCAGAAGAGAAUCUACGUGAAUGUGAGGCAGGUCCAGCCAUCCAGCAGCCUUCAAGCUUGUGAAUUCAUUGUUCAGCGAUCUAACACAACUGCUACAUGUUUAUUUCUGGAGUUCUUGUUACAGGGCUUAUUUUUGUAAACAUUUUAUCUAUAGAAAUUGUGUAAAUAAAUUCUAUCUGUAUAAAGGCUGUUACUUAGGAUUUCAUCUCAUCACUUCUAUAAACAGCUUAUUGCCUUUUUGUAAUCAAAAUGUGUUAAUCCAGGCAAUGUAGGGAUCUGACUUU